AUGGGGGAAACAGGUCACCACCACCAGCAGCAGCCUCCGCCAGUACUGGUGGCUCCUCCGCGAUCUCAGAUGCCUCUUGGGGCGGCAAGGGGUCCCAUUUGGACUCCAACUGAGCAACUCCAUCAGCUUCAGUUUUGCAUCCACUCCAACCCCUCUUGGCCGGAAACAUUCCUACUGGCUUUUCAGCACUAUAUCGUUAUGCUUGGAUCCAUAGUUAUAAUUGCAAGUACUUUUGUGCCUCGUAUGGGUGGGGAUCAUGGUGAUAAAGCCCGCGUGAUUCAGACGAUGCUGUUUAUGGCAGCAAUAAACACAUUGCUUCAAACAAUCCUCGGGACAAGGCUUCCAACAGUGAUGACUGCUUCAUUUGCUUUUACCCUGCCAGUGCUGUCAAUCAUCAAUGAUUAUUCUGAUCGGACUUUCAGAAGUGAACAUGAGAGGUUUGAGGUCACAAUGAGAACGAUUCAAGGGUCACUUAUUGUUUCUUCCUUCGUCAACAUCUUCCUUGGAUUUAGUAAGGCAUGGGGGAACUUUACAAGAUUCUUUAGUCCCAUUGUUAUCGUGCCAGUGGUUUGUGUGGUUGGUCUUGGUCUUUUUGCAAGGGGCUUUCCACUUCUUGGUAACUGUGUGGAGAUUGGCCUGCCUAUGCUGAUUGUGCUGGUCAUAUCCCAACAGUAUCUGAAGCGUGUUUUUCCUAGAGCCCAUAACAUACUUGAGAGGUUUGCUUUGCUUCUCUGCAUUGGGCUUAUCUGGGCAUUUGCUGCUAUCCUCACUGAGUCUGGUGCUUAUAACAAUGCUAAAGAGCAGACUAAACAAAGUUGCCGUACAGAUCGCACUUUCCUUAUAUCAUCUGCUCCUUGGAUUAGAAUCCCAUACCCAUUUCAAUGGGGUAAACCCAUAUUCAGAGCGAGCCAUGUCUUUGGCAUGAUGGGAGCAGCACUUGUUACAUCUGCAGAAUCAACUGGAACAUAUUUUGCAGCAGCACGGCUUGCAGGUGCUACGCCCCCUCCAGCAAGUGUAAUAAGCCACAGUAUUGGCCUGCAGGGUGUUGGAAUGCUGCUUGAAGGAAUUUUUGGUGCUGCUGUUGGUACAACUGCAUCUGUUGAAAAUGUUGGCCUCCUUGGAUUGACACACAUAGGGAGCAGGAGAGUGGUGCAGAUUUCAACUGCUUUCAUGUUCUUCUUCUCUAUAUUUGGGAAGUUUGGUGCUUUCUUUGCAUCUAUUCCUUUGCCGAUAUUUGCUGCCAUAUACUGCGUGUUAUUUGGGAUUGUUGCUGCUGUUGGGAUCUCGUUCAUGCAGUUUGCAAAUAAUAAUUCCUUGAGAAACAUCUAUGUUUUGGGUCUUUCCCUGUUUCUUGGGAUAUCAAUACCUCAAUACUUUAUCAGUAACACGACUCCAAACGGUGUCGGACCAGUUAGAACAGAUGGAAUAUGGUUUGAUGACAUAGUGAACACAAUCUUCUCGUCGAGCCCGACAGUGGCAAUAAUCGUCGGGACGCUGCUUGAUAACACACUUGACGCCAAGUACUCAGUUGAUGACAGAGGGCUUGCAUGGUGGAGACCCUUCCAAAGCAGGAAGGGAGAUUCUAGAAAUGAGGAAUUUUACAGUCUACCUGUUAGGAUACGCGAGUACAUUCCCUCCAGAUAUCUGUGA